GCCCGGCACGGCCGGGCGCUCCCCGGCUCCGCCACCGGCGGGCUGGCGCUUGGCUUGUUUUUUGCGAUUAUCCCCCGGCGCUCGCUGUGUGAAGCAAAUAAAUCCCUUCGAGGGGGGGCAGCAGUGGCUUCCGUGACAGCAGAGGGAGGAGGGAAAUAAGAUAAAAUAAACCAAAACCAAAAUAAAACGAGAGAGGAGCCAAGAAAUCACUUGCUUCUCAUCAUCUCUCAGCGAGCGCAGCCAGCUCUGCUCUGCUGCUGCCCCUCCGCUGCAGGGAGCGAGGGCAGAAGGGAGCGGGGAGACCUCUAACAAAGCGGGGUUCGCUCCCCGCCGCUGCCCCGCGGCAAGGAAACCUGGCGGGGGCAACGGAGGCGAAGCCAAAAACGCAGCCCCGCAAAAAGCAAAGAGCAGAAACGAAAGUUUCCAAAUAGCAAACGAACAACCAACCGCAAAGACCCGGACCGGGCAGAGCUCUCCGCUUCGCAUCAACCCUCGAUGGUGCAUUCAAGGGGCUACACCAAGGAUGUGAACAUCCCUUGCCUGCUGCAUGAAGAGGGGUAAAGACACAGAAAAUCUCUGUUAUUUAUUUAUUUAUUGGAAGCAAUGUACGGGUGACACCCAGAAGGCAUCUGAGCCCUGAAAAAAAAAAAAAAAAAAAAAAAAAAAAAAAAAAAAAGACCCAAACGAAAACAAGAAGAAUGAGACAGCAGCCCUGACCCCUACAUUAAGAGGAAGGUGAGCAGAGAAAAAGAAAGAAAGAAAGAAAAUAUAGAAAGACAUGCAAGCACCAAACCUGUAGAUUUCUGCAGCUAUUUUUUGCUUCACUGAGGACAGAUAUUUUACUGACAGCCAUGCAGCAUAAAGGCAUCAUGCUGAUUGUGUUCUUGGAGUAUUUUAUUUCUGGCCAUGUGGAAGCAGAUUCUGUGAGGCUACGAGCCUUCCGCUGCAAUGGUCGUUCAUGCAACCCUCCGGUGGGCAACCUUGCAACAGGGAGGACACCAGCCACUCUCACCACAUGUGGGCAGAACAGCACAGAACUGUACUGCUUCUACCCAGAUCAGAAUCUCCUCCAUCAGCCUUCCCGUGGCUGCGGACAGCCUCGCUGCACCAAGUGCAAUGCCAACCAGCCUGAUAACUCCCAUCUCCCUGCUGACAUGACAGAUGAUUUCUUUGCAAACCCCAUCUCCUGGUGGCAGUCUGCCCAAGGGGUACACAGGGAAGAAAUCAGGCUGGACUUUGAAACUGAAUUCUAUCUGACCCAUGUCAUAGCUGUGUUCAAGUCACCUCGCCCAGCUGCGAUGGUGUUGGAAAGGUCCCAGGACUAUGGCCAGACUUGGAGGCCCUACAAAUAUUUCUCUGCCAACUGUACAGCUACUUUUGGGCUCCAGGAUGAUCUCAUUGAGGAGGGCUCUAUGUGUACUUCCAGGUAUUCAGAUGCGGUGCCCUGUACCAGAGGAGAGGUGAUUUAUCGCGCCUUAGCUCCAGCAAACAAGAUUGAAGAUCCGUAUAGUCUUGAGGCUCAAGACCUUCUGAAGCUCACCAACCUCCGUCUUCUUUUGUUAAAAAGACAGGAAUGUCCAUGCCAUGGUUCAGCAUUGCUAGAGAAACCUCAAAGAUUUGCCCACUAUGCUAUUUAUGACCUGAUUGUCCGGGGAAGUUGUUUUUGUAACGGGCAUGCAGAAGAAUGCCAGCUUGCCAACAGGACAGGAGACUCAGAGAAUGUGGUCCAUGGGAAGUGUGUGUGCAGACACAACACAGCAGGGGACCACUGUGAGAAAUGUGCACCACUAUAUAAUGACCAGCCUUGGAAACCAGGAGAUGGAAAAACAGGUGCACCAAAUGAAUGCAGAAAAUGUCGCUGCCACAACCAUGCUGAUAGCUGCCACUUUGAUCUGAGUGUUUGGCUGGCAUCAGGAAAGCGCAGUGGUGGAGUCUGCGAUAACUGCAAGCAUAACACAGAGGGACAUCGGUGUCAAAGGUGCAAACCGGGGUAUUACCGAGAUAGAGGUAAACCCAUGUCUUCCGCAGAGGUCUGCAAACCUUGCUCCUGCCAGCCAAUGGGUUCAGCCAAUGCCACUUUCAGCAGAAGCUGGCGAUGCCACCCCAAGACAGGAUUCUGCUACUGCAAGCCUGGCGUGGCAGGUCCCAAUUGCGACAGAUGUCUCAUGGGCUACUGGGGCUUUGGAGAAAAUGGCUGUCGUCCUUGUGACUGUGCCAGAGACUGCGACCAGCACACUGGAAACUGUUUCAAUGGCUAUGAUAAUGAGCCAUUCUUUAAUAUUCCCAUUGGAGGACGAAUUCCUGACCUUGCGCAAAUGCCAACAAAUGAGAGUGAAGAUGAGUGGAAAUGGAAUGGCCAUGAACAGGGAUUUUCUGCACUGAGACACCCAGAAAAGUGUGUGUGCAAAGAGAGGGUGCUUGGAAGUGUUGCUGAUUUCUGCCAAAUGAAAUAUGCUUAUGUGAUAAAAGCAAGAAUCCUAUCAGCGCAUGACAAAGGGACCCAUGCAGAAGUUGUUGUGAAAGUGAAGAAGGUCUUGAAAUCAGGCAAAGUAAAAAUUGCUCGGAGCAACAGAAGCAUUUACCCAGAAUCCUGGACCAACAGGGGAUGUACAUGUCCCAUUCUCACUCCUGGUACCGAUUAUCUUAUAGCAGGCCAGGAGGACUCUAGGACAAGCAAACUCCUUGUGAACAUGAACAGUCUGGUGAAACCCUGGAAAGCAUAUUUGGGAAAACAAGUAGCAGAUAUUCUUCGAACUGGAUGCAAGUAAUUCCUGCUUCGAAGCAGAAAGUGAUGAACUUUCCCUUUUAAUAACACUGCAGUGAAAGGUGUAGUUAGUUCAUUCAUUCCCAUUCAACACGCUCCUAGCUGAAGCAAUGAAAGCAGACUUACUAUCCUUUCUCCUUUCACAUGCUUAGACAGGAAACCUGGGCCAUGACAACUUUUUUCAAAAAAAUAUAGUCUUAUCAUGCAAAAUUACGUGUUGCAUCAUACACAGGUUACAAGUUGGUUCUUAAUUUCAGCCUGAUUCCACCGCACCCAGAGAAUCAUUCUACAAAGCAAAACUGAAGAUAUGGAUUAGCGUUUCCGCACUUCAGGUCAGAACCUGACGUUAAUGAAUAUAGGCUGCUUACAUAGUGCAUUCAUUACUUGGGUGUAAUUUUCUGUAUUUAAGUGACCACUAACCAGCAGCAAUUUCUUUCAGCUUUACAGGUGCCAUCAUACUAAACAAGCAUGCCAGAAGAAAUUAUUUAAAAAAGCUCAGAUAUUUUUAUUUACCAUCAAACUGCAACUAGACCAAUAUAACGUGUUGAUUCCUAGAGGACAAAAUUAUCACAUUGCUGCACAAACUAACAUGGGACUUGGCUCUGAUGAGGUCCUCUAUAGAGAUGUAAAUUGCUAUCAUUAAUUCUUAGUACUAAGGUCUGCUGGCUCAAUGGCUCACUUUUGAUUCCAAACCCAACUCUUACUCUCCAAGAUCAUUUUGCUCUUUGCUGCAGUACUUUAGUCUGCAACACCACACAAAGGUUUUGUAGCAACUGCCACCAAAAAGCCUUAUGCUAGGGAAGAACCACCAAGACACAACAUGAGAGGAGCUAGAGGCUCUAAUGUUGAGUUUAUGAUGCUACAAAAACAAGCAGGCAAGAGAAAGAGGAGGCAAAUGGAUUGGUUGGACUGUGUAUUAAAUGAGGUAACUACAGUGAGAUGGAAGCCACCUGGCUCUUCUUACUGUGCUCAAGACCACUGGCAUUUGAUUGCCUUUGGUGCUUUCAUUCUGCUUUACUUCUCUUGGUCACACUUCCAAGUUAAAAUACUGAAGCUAGGCUGCCUUCCUCCCCCUCAUUUCUUUCUUCUUUUGCCUGAAGAUUUUUUUCCAGAGAGGUACAAGGAUGGUAACAUCUGCACUCUUGGCAAAGUAUUUCUGUUCUGCAAAAGCAUUCUUCCUAAAUUUAUUUUAGCCUACUCUACCAUAAUUAAGAGGUAGCUAGUAAAACUAAAAUUUCCUCAAAAUACUUAAUUAAGGAAUGAUUUAAGACCUCUGUUCCUGUGACAGAGAACUCAUGAUCAAAUGAGGCUGGUUAUGUUCACUCAUUAAGUAAAGGAGAAAUUAUAAUGGGUCAGCUUAUUCUUUUUGCAGAUUACACAGAAAAAAAGUAUGCACACAUACUACUACUGCAUGCUUCUAUUUCGUGCCUGCACUUUUAUUUUUAAUGCUCCCAAGGAAGACAGGAAGAGAUAUCUAACUCUAGUACUGUAUGGCUAGCAUACAUAGUAUGCAGAAAAACCUAAACCUAAUGCAAAUGGAUAGAAGUCCAAGGUUAUGAUGUGAAACUUAGGUAAAUCAUCAGUUUGUUCUUUUUAUCACUAGGGACCUGAAGAAACAGCCUCUUUCAGUCCAUUGGUUGCACUUUCCUUAGGGUUAACUGAACAUCAUAAAAUUUCUAAGAUCAUUUGGAAGUGUAAGACAGGCAGACACUUACAAAAUGAAAGUCUAAUUUUUCUCCUGACAGUGCAUAAACAGUGUUUCUCCCCCCCUCUUUUCAGCAAUUCUCCUCUCCUCUGUUGCAUUCCUUCUUUCUUUCCGUUUGUCUUGCACGCACUUUAUUAUUUAUUUGCUGUUAUCUAAAGCAGUAUCCAACAAUGUGGCAUCUCCAACAAGCCAUUAAUUUGGCUUAAUUUGAAACAUCAGCUUAUAGAAGUUAAGAGCAUAGCAACUGCUUUCUUUAUUGGCUCCAGAAACUGUCUUACAACAAAGUGAUCAACUUGUUCUCUUUCAAAGACCACACACAUACACACACACACACACAAAAAAAAAAAAAAAAAAAAAUCUACAGGACUUCCCAGUGUGUUGUCCAAGGGUGUAUCAGAAGAAAUUAAAAUCCUGAUUAACUUUUUUUGAACUAAAGAAUACACUUUUCAACACACGCCAUUUUGUCCGCUGAAGAUGUUACUUAUGAUCAUACUCCAUAUUGGUUAAAUAGUCAGUAUUACGUUAUGGUAAACUUCCAUAUUCUACUUUUUUUGUGCCAAACUGGUGAUUCUGUGGGGAGGAUAAGCACCCACACUGUUCCUUUCUGCAGAUGAACACUGUUUGUUAACGAAGUCAUUCACAAGUAUUUCCAGCUACUACUAGUAAAAAUACUAUUUGGAACAAGAAUAUUAAUACCCCAGUGAGUUCUCCUGGGGGCCUGUUGCAAUACAAACGGUUAAUGACCACUUUACUGCAAACGCCAUUAUGUGAACCCAAGAUAAUCAUCCCUGUAUCUCACACUUCAGCUAUCUCCACAGUGGGUGAUGCACACAACAGUUCUACAAGCUACGUCUACUAAAUGCCCUCCGUUAGCUGGAAACAUUGCACAUUUACGUUCCAACUGCUAGCUCUUGGUUAGUGGCUUUGCUUUAUAGGGUAGCAGGUAUUUUGGAAGUCCAAAAUUAAUUAGAAAGUCCAAAAUGAAAGCAUUUAGGGUAAGCCAGUGCUGCAAGUUGACUUUUUAUUGCUAUUACUACCUUUUGCUAAUCAGGUAUCUCUAAGUUCACCAAGAUGAAAACUCAAAGAAUGGAGAAAAAGUUCCAACUUGCACAGAACUACCACAUGCAACCAUUUUUUCUGCAGUGCUUUAACCCACGUAGCCUACCUGAAAAGAAGUUUCCAAAUGGAAAUGAACUGCAGAGAAUGAGUUAGAACAGGUAUCAAUUCAAGUAGAACUGAGAAAGUUUAACACGAUCACCACCAUGAGACUUGGGAAAGGAAAUUUAAAAGAUUUUGGCUUGUGAACUGGGACUUCAGGAGAAGAUGAGCAUGAAACAGUGCAAGAUGCCAUCUAUCUUCCUAGCAAUAGCUGUUACAUAUUCCUCAGAAGAACAAGCAAGGUCAUAUAUAAUGAAUGAGAAAAGCUACCAUAAAAGCUACUUCUAUCACAAAGGAACUGUUCUGUAGAUCUGUGUACAAUCCCAUGUACCUUGUGAAUCUCUCUGUGACUGUGUCUCCUAGGUGAUAUAGUAAUACAACUAUUAACAUGGGAAAAAAGAUGCAUUCACCCACUACAGAAGAGGAUGGACAACUUUUUUUUUUUUUUUUUUUUUUUUUUUUAGUACUUCUAAAAUACGCCCUGUCCCUGAAACAUCCACGUGAACAACGCUACAACAACCAAAUAGACAAGGUGCUUCAGGGGCAGUAGCAAUCAUCCCAAACAGUAGCAAUGAUGUAUUGCAUUGAAACACUGCAUGAGGAUGACAUAAAAGUUUACCCAUAAGAAAAGAAAUCUGGAAAGCUGGAGAAAAUUUAUAAUAGAGCAGGCAAUAGCCUGAAGCAGAAGCACAUGUAGUUUUCCAUAGAUAGCAGCAAACUCAGGAUUGUUGGAGGCCAAAGUAGCUCUCUGAAACAGCUGUGCAGCAUGUGCAUCCAUGAAUAACAUGGUCAUUCUGGCAAUAGAGACUCUAGAGAAUCAAGAUAGUUCAUUAAGUAGUCGUUACAAGUGCUGAGCCCUAACUCCAAUGUAGUGAUAUAUUGCUACUAAUGCUUCUCCAUCUUCUGCUCUUGGCAAACAACUAAGAGGAAAAAAAAUGUACCUAUGCACAAUCAUCUUGUGCACUGCUCUUCUGGGAGUGGCUCAUUGCUAUAAAUAAUAAGUUUUCUCUGUAGUGUUUACCAUCUGUCCCAAAAUAUUUCCAUGGUGCUUGAUGUAAGCUUUCUUUGAAUUGAUAUAAUUCACACAAUAUGCUCUCUAAAGCCCCUCAGACCUGGAAAUGUUAGUGUGUUAUUUGUUAUGUGUUGUAGCACAUUUUCUUUUUUGUACUUAAAACUUCAAUUAAAAAUACUUAGAGAUUUAUAUUGAUGUGAGGUUUGAGAUCUAUUUUAAAAAUUUUACACCAUGUAAUCCUCAAACCAUGUGCAUAUUAAUUCUUUUUAAGUUAAUAAACCACAAAUAUUCCAGACAUCAGGCUCUUGUUUCAAUAGUCUUCGCACAGAGCCAGGAAAACUGAGAAAAGCGUUUAGCUAAUAAGGCCACCAUGAAACAAAUUAUUCUUCUAUUGAGCAACUUCUUAUCCCAGGUACAGCUGAUUAAUAUAAGCAGUAUGUUAAUUUAGUAACUCAUCAAGAUCAAAUCCUACAAUGUUUUACAUGUAUUUGCAGGUAUAUUAUUUCCUUACAAAAUACAUACAUAAAGUUUCAUGAUUUGAGGUCUACUGAGGUCUAAAACUGUUCCUUGGCAUAUAGUUGUUUUGUG